AUGGGCCCGGGCUCGGUGCGGGCGCGCUACCUCGUGUACUUCCAGUACUUGGGAACGGACUUUAACGGGGUCGCGGCCGUCAGGGGCGUCCAGCGCGCUGUCGGAGUCCAGAACUACCUGGAGGAGGCCGCAGAGCGGCUGAACUCGGUGGUACCGGUAAAGUUCACCAUUUCCAGCCGCACGGAUGCUGGGGUCCACGCUUUAAGCAACGCGGCGCACCUGGACAUCCAGCGCCGCUCAGACCGGCCACCCUUCUCCCCUGAGGUCCUGACGGAAGCCCUCAACACCCACCUGAAGCACCCUGCGAUCAGAGUACUACAGGCCUUCCGUGUACCCAGCCACUUCCAUGCCCGCCAUGCCGCCAUAUCCAGGACCUACCUAUACCGCCUAGCUACUGGCUGCCCCAGGCCUGACAAGCUGCCUGUAUUUGAACGAAACCGGUGCUGGGCGCUUCAGGCAGACUGCUUGGAUGUGGCUGCCAUGCAGGAAGCCGCCCAGCACUUCCUGGGGACACAUGACUUCAGUGCCUUCCAGUCAGCCGGCAGCCCAGCCGCCAGCCCAGUGCGCACCUUGCGCCGGGCCUCUGUGUCCCCCGACCCCACCAGCCCCUUUGUCCUCCCCGAGGAAAGCAGGCGGUUGCAGUUCUGGAGCCUGGAGUUUGAGAGCCAGUCCUUCCUGUACAAACAGGUGCGGAGGAUGACUGCUGUACUUGUAGCCGUGGGGCUGGGGGCUUUGAUGCCUGCUCAGGUGAAAGCCAUUCUGGACAGCCGGGACCCCCUGGGGAAACACCAGAGCCGUGUGGCCCCUGCCCACGGCUUGUUCCUGAAGUCAGUGCUCUACGAAGGCCUUGGUCCCACCUCGAUGCAGCCUCCUUGCAUGCCCUCAGAGACCCAGUACAGAAGUCAGAGGUGA